GACCGGAUCGUGUGUCGUGCCGCUAAAUGGUAACUGUUUGUGCCCAAGAGGACUCCACGAGCGGUCGAGAAGACUGACAGUUUCCAGACUUUGAAAUUAAGAAAACACAUUAAACAGCAGACAUGGCGCUCACCGACGCUGACGUACAGAAACAGAUCAAGCACAUGAUGGCCUUCAUUGAGCAAGAGGCCAGAGAAAAGGUUGAGGAGAUUGAUGCUAAGGCGGAGGAAGAGUUCAACAUUGAGAAAGGCCGCCUGGUGCAGACUCAGCGGGUGAAAAUCAUGGAGUAUUAUGAGAAGAAGGAGAAGCAGAUUGAACAACAUAAGAAAAUUCAGAUGUCCAACCUGAUGAACCAAGCCAGACUGAAGGUGCUGAAGGCCCGAGACGACAUGAUCACGGAUUUGUUGAGUGAGGCUCGUCAAAGGCUUGGAGAAAUUGCCAAGGACCCUGCAAGGUACUCCACCCUCUUGGAGGGCCUGGUGCUUCAGGGAUUCUAUCGACUAUUGGAACCUAAAGUUACCAUUCGCUGCCGACAGCAGGAUGUAGAAAUGGUUCAAGCAGCUGUUGACAAGACCAUCCCCAUCUAUAAAGAGGCGGUAAAGAGCAACAUAGUUGUCAAAAUUGAUCAGGAACGUUUUCUUCCAACAGAGAUCUGUGGAGGAGUUGAGGUAUAUAAUGAUAAUGGGAAGAUCAAGGUUUCCAACACUUUGGAGAGCAGGAUAGAACUAAUCGCACAGCAGAUGAUGCCGGAGAUCAGAGUGAGCUUGUUUGGAGCCAACCCCAACCGCAAGUUCAUGGAUUAAUGGUGGACUAACAGACUUUACAAGGUGAUUGCAGACCAUCAUCAUAGUAUGCAAGAGUCUGUAUAAACACACUUGCCAAUCAUCAAGGGUCAAUGACAUCCCUGAUCUGCUAAAGGGGAUUCUACGAACGUUUUCAUAUAUGUUUUUAUUUUUGUACUGAUGGACAAAAUAAUUGCACCAUGUAAAAGUGCCAUUUGUUUGACCCCUUCAGGUGAAGUCUAAAGGACUGCCUUAAAUUGUCAUUUCAGUGCCAAUAUGCCUUCCUCCAUUUGUUUGGGAAAUCUGUUGCUCUAUUUCUUGAUUAUAGUAUUCAAAGCUACAUGUUUAGGUCACCAAAGAUACACACAUUGACCUACGUCGUCUACAUUUUUAGUAGUCUACAGUCUUAAAUGAUGUUCAACAUUUUUUAACAGUUUGACUGUGUGCAUGUGCAGACAGUCGUUGUUGUUGUUCUUUUGCCAAAUUUCUGAAGCACUUUACAUACAACAGCCAAAGAAAUAAAAGCGCGUGACACAGAAAA